AUGUGUCACUCCAUGGAGACUGCGAUGGAACGCGUUAAGAGCAUUCAAGCGCUGCGUUCGGCGUCGGUGGAGUUUCCCACAAACUUCGAUGAGAAGGAAUUGGAGGUGGAAGCAACCCUAAUUCGGAGCAUGUUGGACCACAUACCUAAGCUUAGGCCCUCUGCUGCCGAUCUGCUUGGGCAUCC